UUUUUUGGGCCAAAUCCCAUGACCUAACUGGAGCAUUUUGUCGGAGCAAACCCGGACGGGUGAGAAUCCGAAAUCAUAAACAUUACCCCGUGACUGCAAGUCCAUGGAUAGCUCCACCUCCACGUACUGAUUCCGGCACUUUGGCUGAUCAGCAGCUCCGAGCGUGUAAUCUCCUCAAUCGGCUCCUAGUUGAAAAACUCAACAUCAGUUCCACACCCAUCGACACUGUUUGGCUUAGGCGCAGCUCGAUAGCUAGACCGAGCGAGAAAUGGCGUCAGGUUGGGGGAUCACAGGAAACAAGGGCAGAUGCUACGAUUUCUGGAUUGACUUCAGCGAAUGCAUGUCUCGUUGCAGAGAGCCUAAGGACUGUGCACUCCUCCGCGAAGAUUACCUUGAGUGCCUCCAUCACUCUAAAGAGUUUCAAAGAAGAAAUCGGAUUUACAAGGAGGAGCAGCGUAAAAUACGAGCAGCUGCACGAAAGGGCAAGGAGAGUGGGGAUGGCGUUGAUAGCCAUCAUGCCUAACCAAUAAUUGUUGUCUUUUAAAUUCUAGUAAUAAAGAACAUGCGAAGGUGUACUUUUCCAUCCUUCUGAUAUUCAUUGUCGAGUGAUUUGUUUAAAGAAAGGAAUUUAAAUGUAUUUUUUUAUAAAAUAAAAUAAUUUAAUUUUAAUUUUUUAC